AUGGAAGAUCUACUUUUGGCCGAGGAGAGACUUCUUCUUCCAAAUCCACCUCUUGAACCAGGACUUCCAGCUAUCUCAAUUAGGAAUGGAUCAUUUUCAUGGGAUUCAAAGUCAGAUAAACCUACACUGUCUAGUAUAAAUUUGGAUAUACCAACGGGCAGUCUGGUGGCAAUUGUUGGAAGCACGGGAGAGGGAAAGACAUCACUUGUAUCUGCUAUGCUUGGAGAACUUCCUCCAGUUAGUGAUGCACAUGUUUUGAGAGGAACAGUUGCUUAUGUCCCACAAGUCUCAUGGAUUUUCAAUGCAACUGUACGUGACAACAUAUUGUUUGGAUCCCCCUUUGAACCUGCAAAGUAUGAGAAGACACUAGAUGGCGGUGAUCUUACUGAGAUUGGUGAAAGAGGGGUGAAUAUUAGUGGAGGGCAAAAGCAAAGAGUUUCCAUGGCUAGGCAGCCUAGGCUGUAUACUCUAAUUCAGAUGUAUAUGUGUUUGAUGACCCUUUGA